ACAUCAAUGAUUGCUGCCAAAAUUGUGGUAAAGCUGGCUCUCAGCUCCGAAAUUGCAAGCACUGUAAAGUUGUCUUUUAUUGUUCUGACAUCUGUGAAAUGGAAGACAGUGUUGAACAUAGCAGAGUGUGCUCUGCAAAGAAUGAAGCUUCUGCUAAUGCCAAAUCCGAUGAACAAGAUAUUAGAUUCAAGAAGGACGAACAAAUUGGAGGUGCUAAGAAAGGUAAUGACGGUGAUGGUAAUAACAAUAACGCUUAUAAAGACUUACCUUCUUCCUUUGGUGAACGUUAUAUUGAGGUCUAUAAUGAUAUGGGUCAGCACUCUAAUGCCUAUGGCUUUGUUGCUGCUCCACGUUCACGGUAUAACAAUCCAAUUGAAUGUCUCUGUUGUGGUGGUUACAAAUUCCUCCCAGUCUUUUGCCCGUGCAAGUUUAUUAGUUAUUGUUCUGAACUAUGUCUGUUGAGAGACUACCCGAAACAUCGCCUGGAAUGCAGUCUAUAUGGUAAACGUAAAUGUGCUCGAUGUUCAAGAGCAGAUGUGGAAUUAACAACAUGUUCAGGCUGCAAUAUUGUAGAUUACUGUUCCAAAUUUUGUGAAAAUGCUGCCUGGGAACAUCACAAGCUUUCAUGCAAGACUUCAAAGACUAAAGAUGCUGAAAAUUCCAGUAAAAUACCAGUCAAAGGUCAGUGUGCCAGGUGUAAAAAGUCAGACGCAGUGUUGAAAAAAUGUUCUGGCUGCAACAUCGUAGAAUAUUGUUCAAGAGCUUGUCAAAAGGCUGACUGGACAGAACACAAGACUUCAUGUAAAAGAUCUGUGAAAGGUCAAUGUGCCAGGUGUAAAAAGUCAGAUGUAGCAUUGAAAAAAUGUUUCCACUGCAACAAUGUGGAAUAUUGUUCUGAUGUUUGUCAAAAAGAUGACUGGAAACAUCAACAGACUUCAUGCAAGACUUCAAAGACUGCAGAUGGAGCAUGUUCUAGUGAAAUAUUAGUUAAUGAACGCUGUCAACAAUGUAAACAUUGGAAUGAUCACUUGAAAUACUGUACUGGAUGUCAUAAAGUAAAAUAUUGUAAUAAAUAUUGUCAAGAAAUUGAUUGGCUUUAUCAUAAGGAGAAUUGUUAUUCUACAGACAAUAGAAAAGGUUCUACUUUUCCUAUACCAAAAAGUGUUGAACGAGAGAUUGCCAGAAUGUUUCCUUUUCAAACAGUUCUCACCAAAUUUGAUGAAGUAACUGCUGUAGAUAAAUUGCCUCUAACACACUCACGUAAAGAAGAAAAACUUAUUGCUUACAUCUUCAAGAAGGGCUACCACCCGUUUAGGCUACAUCAUGAAAUCCGAGAUGUCACUGGAGAAAUUAGACAUGUGAUGUUUUAUCUCACUGAAUUCAUUUCAGAACCAUAUUUUAGAUGGGACCAAUUAAAAGUUGGUAACUAUAUUGUUAUAAUUAAACCACAAAUCCAUUAUUUCGUUGAUGGGCAUGUUGGUUUUAGAAUAGACUCUUUGAACGUGAUUAGGAUUAUUGAUAACAAUUCACAUUGAUUUUUUACAAAGCUAAGAAAUGAACUGAAGUUAUAAGUAAAUAAAUAAAACACAGCACUAAAUAUCUAAAUAAACAAACUAUCUAGGUUAAUAUUUACAUUGGACAGAUAGGUGUCCUCAUCUUGUUUGUUGUUACCACAACGUUUCAGCUGAUGCGCUCUUCAGCUUCAUCAGGUGUUCUGGUAGAAUUUCGAAUCCAACCCUUUAUUUGACUACUGGGGUACACUGUUCUCAUUCCUAAGGUAUUUUUUGCUGAUAUUAUUAUUUAUUCAAGUCACUGACUGAAAUUGAACCUGCACUCUUAAACACUAUGUUAUAUGCCUGCGGGCAAUUAUAGAAUGAAUUUUAGGACUUAUUUUUCCUUAAUACCAGUUCCUAUUUUCUACUCAUCUGCACUAGGUCUGCUUAGGAGGUUAUUGUGUCCUAGCAUAUGUGCUGCCUCUUUCAGUUUUCAUAUUUUCCAGUGGUGUUCUCUGUUUAUUAUUUUAACUUCAUCCCACAGGAGGAGGUGGCCUCUGUUUUUCCAUACAGCUAUACUCGAUUUUUCAAUAUUCCCUUGUGUUACAGCUUUAUGAUGUUCCUCUACCCUUAUUUUGAGGGGGCGACAUGUUUGACCUUUGUAUAACCUACCAUGACUGCAUGGGAUGGAGUACACACAGUCUUUGGUUAUAUUCUCUUCUAUUGGUGGUUUUAUUUGGAUGAGAUAUUUGUGAAGUGUUUUACUCUUUAAUACUAUCCUGAUGUCAUAUGGACCGCAUAUCUUUUGUAUCUUUUUCAAGAGGCCUUUUCCAUAGGGGAGACAGAUUGUGGUCAAUUUAUGGGGUUCAUCCUCUCUCCUCUUCCUAAUUGGAGUGGAUAGUAUGCUUUUUGGGUAGUUGUUGCUUAAUAGUUACUUAGCGUGAUCAUUUCUUCGUGGUGUGUAUCAGGAUCACUACUUAUAGGCACUGUGCAAUCCCUCUCUUUACACUGUAUGGCUGAUGAGAUUUGAAGUUGAAAUAUCAUCCAGUGAAGGUUGGCUUGCAGCAUACGGAUGUCCUGAACUCAUACUCAGGAAGAACCCAUACAACAGACAGAGGUUUUAGCUAUGGGUUCACCAUUAUCACUAAUAAUAGCCAAUAUAUACAUGGAAUACUUUGAGAAUUUGGCUUUAGGAUCAACACCACAAAGCCAACCCUAUGGCUUCGAUAUGUUGAUGACAUCUUUCUACUCUGGCCCCACCACAAAGUUGUCCAAAUACUGCUGUAUUAUGCAAACUCAAAGUAAAACCACCAAUAGAAGAGAAUAUGACCAAAGACUGCAUGUAUUCCAUCCAAUGAAUUUGUGGUAGGUUAUACAAACAUGAAACAUCCCACCCCAUCAAAGUAAGGGUAGUGGAAUAUUGUAAAGCUGCAACAUGAGGGGAUAUUGAAAAAUUGGGUAUAGCUGAUCAUGUAUGGAAAAACGGAGACCACCUCCCCUUGUGGGAUGAAGUUAAAAUAGAGAACACCACUGGGAAAUACAAAAACUAAAAGAAGCAGCACAUAUGCUAAGACACAAUAACCUCCUAAGCAGACCUAUGAGUAGAAUAUGGGAACCAGUAUCAAGGAAAUACUAAUAUAAUAGGUUUAUAAGCCCUAAAAUUCACUCUAUAAUUGCCCACGGGCAUAUAGCAUAGUGGUUAAGAGUGCAGGAAACUAACCCCAAGAUACCAGGUUCAAUCUCAGUCAGUAACUUUAAUAAAUAAUGACAACAACAUCAAAAAUACCUUAGGAAUGAGUACAGAGUAUUCCAGUAGUCAAAUGAAAGGUUGGGUUCAAAAUUCCACCAGGACACCUGAUGAAGGCUGGAGAGUACAUCUGCCGAAACAUUGUGGUAACAAUAAACAAGGUGAGGACACCUAUCCAUCCAAUGUAAAUAUUGUACAUAAUUCCUCAUCUCUAAAAUAUAGAACAGUAUUAUCUAGGUUAAAUAUAUCUCCUGGGAUUAUGCAACAAAAUGAAGGAGUAAAAGAGUCAUGUAAACUUCCUUUUCUGCUCUGAAAUAAGACAGAAGCACAAAAAUGGGGAAAUAAAAAAGAGAGAGAGAAAGAGAAUAAAUAAAAACAUGUAUGUGAAAGGAACUGAAUGAUCUAAAAUAAAAAGAACAUUAUUUUUGUGUGUGUGCUAUUCAUAUAAAAGAAUUUAUUGAAGGAGAAAAAUGUUCUGGAAGAACAAGAUGGAGGGGAAAAUGUUUAAUUUUUUAAAAUGUGUUUUGGAUUUUUCCAAUUUUUAAUAUUCAUUAAUAAUCAUUAACGAUUUUAAUAGCAUCAGAAAAAAAAAUCGUUUAUGUAAUUUAUUCCAGCAGUUUACAGUCUGAGUCAGUGUUAAAAUCCUGCUGGUUUUGCCCGUUAAUUAGAAACAAUUGCUUACAGAAUAAUGGGAAAGGGAACAAAAAAAGAAGAAAGGAUUUUCUUUAUAUUCUUUUAUCUGUUACUUGCUUUAGUCAUUUGCUUGCUGCCAUGCUGGAGCACAACCUUGAAGGGUUUUUAGCCAAACAAAUUGACCUCUGUACUUAUUUUGAAGUCUGGUUCUUAUUCUAUUAAUCUAUUAAGUUAUAGAGAUGUAAUCAAACCAACACUAGUCAUCAAGUGGUGGUGGAGGGGAACACACACACAUGCACACAUAUGGAUACACACAUAUUUAUAUGACAGUCUUCCACACAGUUUCUAUGUACCAAAUUCACUCACAAGGUAUUCUGUCAGCCCAGGGCUAUGGUAGAAAACAUUAGGUGUCAUGCUGUGGAACUGAACCUGAAACCACAUGGUUGAAAAAUGAGCUUCUUAACCACUCAGCCAUGUGUGUGUUGGCACUCGGUCGCUUACGACGCCUAGGGUUCCAGUUGAUUCGAUCAACGGAACAGCCUGUCCGUGAAAUUAACGUGCAAGUGGCUGAGCACUCCACAGACACGUGUACCCUUAACGUAGUUCUCGGGGAUAUUCAGCGUGACACAGUGUGACAAGGCUGACCCUUUGAAUUACAGGCACAACAGAAACAGGAAGUAAGAGUGAGAGAAAGUUGUGGUGAAAGAGUACAGCAGGGUUUGCCACCAUCUCCUGCCGGAGCCUCGUGGAGCUUUAGGUGUUUUCGCUCAAUAAACCCUCACAAUGCCCUGUUUGGGAAUCGAAACCGCGAUCCUAUGACCGCGAGUCCGCUGCCCUAACCACUGGGCCAUUACGCCUCCACACUCAGCCACACCUGUACAAUAUUAACUGCUUUUAAUUUUAAAAAUUUGAAUUUGAAUUUAAUCUUGGAGUCCUACAAAGAAAUACAAACCAGGAAGAGAUUCUGAAGUUAUUACAUGCGCCAUUAUUAGCAGUGUCGGUGUCUUUCAUAUAAUAGCUUUAACUCUACCUUUCUUAACGAUUUCUUGUGACCAUGCCAACAACUGCUAGAAAUAGCAGCCAGAUCUUAGAAAUAUGAAAGACACUUUGAAUAAUGUGGUCACAGAUAUUUUGCACUAUGUCUGGAAGACAAACAGACUGGACAUGGCCUUAAGAUUUGUAGUGGUACCUUAAAAGUAAACGAAAAAUGAAAUAUGUGGUUAAGAAGAUUGCUUAACAACUGCAUGAUUUUAGUUUCAAUCCCUUUGUGUGGCACUGUUGGCAAGUCUGCUGUUACCGCAGGCCAACCAAUGGGAGCUAGAAAGUGCAAUACAUUCAUACACACAAACAUGCACAUUUAUAUGUAUACAUACACACAUAUAUGUAUAUAUGAAAGAAUAACAACACCUAUUAUCAUUAAUUCAUUAAUGUUUGUUCUCCAUGCAGACAUAGGUCAGACAGUUUGAUUGGUGCCAGCGAGCCAGAGGAUUGUACCAAACUCUAACGCUGUGGUUCUCAACUGGAGUACAUACGGUCCCUGAGGGUCCAUAUAAGACUCCUGGUGUUCACACAGCAAAAUAGUAAAUUGGAGAUGCACAAUAAUAUUUUAAGGGCUCUGGAAAGAUUUUGUUUUAGAAGCUCGCAAGGAAUGAAGCCAGUAUGCUCCGUUGGAUGUGUAAUGUCAAUGUGAAUACCCGUCAGAGUGUAAGUAUCUUGAGAGAAAAGCUGAACAUUAGAAGCAUCAGUUGUGGUGUGCAAGAGAGACGAUUGCGCUGGUAUGGACAUGUGGUGAGAAUGGAGGACGAUAGCUGCGUGAAAAAGUGCCACACCCUAACAGUUGAGGGAACCCGUGGAAGAGGUAGGCCCAGGAAGACCUGGGCUGAGGUGGUGAGGCAAGACCUUCGUACAUUGGGCCUCACCGAGGCGAUGA